CCGCUUGUCUCCAAGUUGUCUUGGGACUCGUCGACGCACAGCUGAUUAUAUAUAUAUAUUCUUCUCGUAGCUGAGCCAGAAAAUUCCAGAGAGAUAAUCAAAUAGGCAAAUAAAAAAACUGAAUCUUGUUGUUGAAAAAGCAUCCCAAAACUUGUUUGUGAAUUCUAAAAUCUCCGGAUAUAAAUUCGCAUCCUCUCUCGUCUGCUAAUUCGAUCCAGAAGCUUUCUUCCUUUCUCUGCGUUUUCCGGUGUUCAUAUUUGAGGCUGAGUUGUGUCUUCUUGGAGGCAUAGAAAAUCUCUAUGGGAGAAGCACCAGCUUUUUUUGUGACUCAUCUGGAGAAUGGUUACACCAAUGGCUUUGGUGUCAAAUCUGAACCUAAAAACAGAGAUACAUCUGUCCAAAUUGGGGAUCGAUCCUUUGUGAUUGGUGGAAAUCAUGAAGGGAAUCCGUUGUUCCUUGGUGUUCAGAUUCAUGACAUAAUCACUAACAAGUGGUCUAGUCCUACUGUUCUUGGAACUGGCCCUAAACCCUGCAAGGGUUACUCUGCCAUAGUUCUGAAGAAAGGACGGAUUUUGGUUAUCAAAAAAGGUUCUGCUUCUGAUGACUCCAUUUGGUUCCUCGAGGUGGAUACUCCUUUUGUCCGGGAGCAAAGGAAAUUGCUAGGAAGAGAGGUUGUUGCUUGGAGUAAAGGAGUAAGGGGAAAUGCAGAGAAGCCUAUUGUUAUAAGCGGUCCUUCAGGAGUUGGAAAAGGAACACUUAUAUCGAUGCUUAUGAAGGAGUUUCCUUCAAUGUUUGGGUUCUCUGUGAGCCACACAACUCGAGCUCCAAGGUGUAUGGAGAAGAGUGGUGUUCAUUACCAUUUCACUGAUAAAACUGUUAUGGAGAAAGAAAUCAAAGAUGGGAAGUUUCUCGAGUUUGCGUCUGUUCAUGGUAAUCUGUACGGAACCAGCAUUGAAUCUGUUGAAGUGGUAACAGAUUCAGGAAAGAGAUGCAUUCUUGACAUUGAUGUUCAAGGAGCGAGGUCAGUGAAGGCGAGUUCUCUAGAUGCGAUAUUCAUAUUCGUAUGUCCUCCUUCAAUGAAAGAACUUGAAGAUCGGCUACGUGCCCGAGGAACCGAGACAGAGGAACAGAUCCAAAAACGGCUUAGAAACGCUGAAGCAGAGAUCAAAGCUGGGAAAUCCUCAGGCAUUUUUGAACACAUUCUGUAUAAUGACAACCUUGAGGAAUGCUACAAGAACCUUAAGAAUCUCUUGGGGAUAGACGAUCAUGCUCCUGUGAAUGGCGUGGAAGCAGUAGAAGGGAUCAAUCUUCCCAAGGAGCACACAGUAACAAAGAUGGAAGAUAAAAUUUUGAUUCAAGAAACAGGAGAAGGAACCAAAAAGAACAUGAUUGUGUUGGAUUUAUCUUCAAUUAACGGGGGAGCACCGGGAAGAACAAGAGGGAUCGAUCUGGACACUGUUAAGUCCAGUUGACAAAGAGUCUUUGUCUUUCUCCGCAGAAAGCUGAAGAGGAAACAUUUAGAUGAUGAUGAACACUGCUCGUUGUUUUAUGACUGAAAAAAACUAAGGCUUUUUCGCGGUUGAAAGGUAGUUGUAUGCGUUUACUAGAUAGGUACUGAUGAUGAUGAUUAUGGGUUAUUAUGAUUCAAGAAUGUCAUGAUCUCUUUUGAGAGAUGAUGGAAUAAGAUUUUUUUGUUCCUUUUACUGAUAAAGAUUUUGUUUAAUCUAAAUCUUGAAAGAAUCCAUUA